CAGAGGACAGCAUCCUCUCUCAAACUAGAAGAUACUUAUCAAAGCUGCAACUUUUGCAUCAGAGCCCUAUAAAAAGCAAGAACCCUGCGACCGCCUAUCAGUGAAACCUGUGAAGAACUGCCGCUGCUUGCGGGCAAAGUAUCUAAAGAUGACUCGAUUGUGGACGUGAUGCAAGAGGAGCAGGGAUGUUCUCGCACAACUUCUGGGGUGCUUUAUAUUGUGCAAUUUUGCAUCUGGUAUGCCCGCCGCUGAUAUCUAUUUUUCUGAGACACCGAAGUUUGAGAAUUAGAAUGAAGCCGAAAUAUAUCUUUGCAUGCCACAGAACGAAAACAUCCACGAGCGUUUGUCUGCACCUGAUGCUGGAGCUGGCAGAUAUCAUGAAGCGCCGAAAAUAUUGCUUUAUUUUCAAAAUAUGAAAACACAUGUCUGCUGGGAUGGAGCGCAGCGGUCACUUCAAACCAACACCUGGCCAUUUCGAGGUUUUGAACAGCUCGACCUGCACCAAUGUGACUUUAACACCUAAAACGGGCGAAAAACAGGAAAGUUUCGCGUUCCAAGUCACCUUAGCGUCAGUUCUGGGUCUCAUCACUCUUGCGACGAUAUUAAGCAAUGCGUUUGUCAUCGCCACCAUCUCCCAGUCCAGAAAGCUCCAGACACCGGCGAACUUCUUGAUCGCAUCCCUGGCUGUCACGGACCUUCUGGUGUCGGUGCUCGUGAUGCCCAUUUGCGUGCUUUACACGGUCACGCAUGUCUGGUCGCUUGGGCAGGUUAUCUGCGACAUCUGGCUGUCCUCAGAUAUCACCUGUUGCACAGCGUCCAUUCUGCACCUCUGCGUAAUCGCCUUGGAUCGAUACUGGGCUAUAACGGACGCGGUCGAGUAUGCCAACAAACGCACCAAAGCGCGCGCCGCGGGAAUGGUGGCGACCGCCUGGAUAAUCGCCAUCUCCAUCUCCCUGCCGCCUUUCUUCUGGCGACAGGUGAAGGCGGGGGAGCUCACCACCUGCUCGGUCAACACGGACCACAUCUUCUACACCAUCUACUCCACUUUUGGGGCUUUCUACAUCCCUACGCUGCUGCUCAUCGCCCUGUACGGGCGGAUUUACGUGGAGGCGCGGAAGCGCAUUUUGAAGCAGUCGCCCAAAAAAGCGGGGAAAAGACUCACUUCGGCACAUCUGAGCACUAAUUCUCCCGCUUCGGUGGCUUCGACUUCUCCUUUAAAUUGUGGAAGGCAAGAACUUUACUCAGACAGCGGGUCUCUGGGCAGUGACAAUCAAAUUCGAGUAACUGUGUCCGAUUCACUUCUGGAGAAAAAGAGAAUCUCGGCUGCGCGCGAGAGGAAAGCCACCAAAACCCUGGGCGUUAUUUUAGGAGCCUAUAUUGUGUGCUGGUUGCCGUUUUUCAUUUACACACUGCUGGUUCCCCUCUGUCCAUCCUGCUUUUGCGCAGAACUCUUUGACUUUUUCAAUUGGCUCGGCUAUGUCAACUCACUGAUCAAUCCAAUAAUAUACACCAUGUCGAAUGAGGAUUUUAAAAAAGCUUUUCACAAACUCAUAAGAUUUAGAUGUUGCAGACGAUAGUAAAAAAGCAAAAUAAUAUUAGGAUAAUAGUCUUGCAGUCAGACGGUCAUUAUGGCAAGUGAUAUCGCUGCGCUGUUGAAUGCUUGAUUCUGAUUGGUCGACAGAGAGUCUUAGGUGUUGAUUGUUACACCUGCAGGGAUUUGAGGCAGUUCCAGUUCAUUAUAGUCACAUAUUAUUAUUUCAAGUUUUUUUUUCAGCAUGGCUCAAAGGAAACAAAACAAAUAUACGGCCAAUCAAAUAAAUGACAGACAACAGGAUAGAAAUGACAAAGUAUUUCAAUUUUGUCUUAACUAAUUAAUCUAAUAGCCCCAUUGUUUGUAAUUAUGAUUCUGCCUAUUAACCUUGCCGAGAGCCGCCCGCAGCAGACGCAGGUAAUCACAUGCGCGCU